UAGAUUAACUCCCCCAUUUUUUACAUGGUAUCAUACCAUCCAUUUCCUGUUUCCAAUAUGGCGCACCGGGCCUGAAGCCAUGUUGAGGAGGCACCCCUACCCCGUGUGACACUGCAGCGGAUGAGCCAGGUCAGCCCUGAUCUGCCGUGUGCACAACAGGACCAUCAUGUCAUUCCGGUGGGAGACGCUGAGCCCAGCAGAGUUCCACCAGCUUCAGGAGUACACCUCCUAUUCCACUAAGAAGCUGAAGGAUGUAUUGGAGGAGUUCCAUGGUGCAGAUCACAGCUACAACCCAGAGGAGACUGUAGACUAUGAAGGCUUCCAAAGAUUCAUGGGUAUGUAUCUGGAAGCAGACAUUGGUGAGGACCUGUGUCGGCACCUGUUUCAGUCCUUCCAGAAGAAACCACGACAAGCACAGCAGAAUCCACCCAGCAACUGCAGCAGUUUGGAGCGGGCUUUGAAGCGCGAUGUUACAGGUAAGGCAGCUAUGGCCACUGCAAACAUGGUGUGUGCACCAAUCACCAGCCAGGCAGUCGCUCCAGACGAGGGAUGUAGCACAGUCUCCAACCCAGACACAACCAACAGUGAAACUCCCCUGUGUGUCAGCUACUCUUGUGACAGGCUCACAGGCACAGACAGAGGGAUGGAGGACACUGUUACCGAAGGAAACUCCACAUCUUCCUUACCAGCUGUCUUUUCCAGUGAAGCACCAGUCCCUCAGCAAUGCAGCAAGUCUCCACAGAGGUCAUCUGCAGGGGAGGGCAGUCUGAAGGAGAGGACUCUCACCCCUGCAGACUCAGAUGAUGUUGUCUUCCUUAAAGACAUUGUCUGCUACUUGUCUCUUCUGGAAGGAGGUCGAGCAGAGGAUAAGUUGGAAUUUAUGUUCAGAUUAUAUGACACUGAUGGAAAUGGACUGCUGGACAGUUCGGAAAUAGAAUGCAUAAUCAGCCAGAUGAUGCAUGUAGCAGAGUACCUGGGGUGGGACGUGACAGAACUCAGACCUAUCCUUCAAGAGAUGAUGGUUGAGAUUGACUACGAUGCUGAUGGAACUGUGUCCUUAGAAGAGUGGAUCAAGGGUGGUUUGACCACCAUACCUCUAUUGGUCUUACUUGGGUUAGAUACAAAUGUGAUCAAAGAUGAUGGUAACCACAUAUGGCGGCUGAAGCACUUCAACAAGCCAGCUUUCUGCAACCUUUGUCUCAACAUGUUGAUGGGUCUGGGGAAGCAGGGUCUGUCUUGUACAUUCUGCAAGUAUACUGUGCAUGAGCGCUGUGUGCAGCGGGCUCCAGGGUCCUGCAUCAGUACCUACACCAAGUCCAAGAGGUCAUCCAACGUCAGCGGCACACCGCAGAUAAUGAACCACUUCUGGGUAGAAGGCAACUGCCCCACCAAAUGUGAUCGCUGCAGGAAGACAAUCAAAUGUUAUAAUGGACUGACAGGGCUCCAUUGUGUGUGGUGCCAGAUGACUCUACAUAACAAAUGUGCCAGCCAUGUGAAGCCAGAAUGCACCUUGGGAACACUCAGGGACCACAUUCUGCCACCAACAUGCAUCGUUCCUGUUGUGUUGGAACGCAGACGGAGCACCAGUUCCAGAGACAGAGAGCCCCAGCCCAGACGCAGCACCACCAGUACGGAGGGGGUCGGCUCAGACGGGGACAACUCCGCCUCCAGUGGGAAUGUCAGUCGCUCCAUGUCCAGGACCAACUCCAUGAACAUGGAUGGACAGGGAUUACAGAUAACACCUCUUCAUGGCACACAUCCUCUGCUCGUAUUUAUCAACCCCAAAAGUGGAGGCAAACAAGGAGAAAGAAUCUUGCGCAAGUUCCAGUACCUUCUAAACCCUCGCCAGGUCUUCAAUUUGAGUAAAGGUGGGCCCAUGCCUGGGUUGAAGUUCUUCAGGGAUGUGCCAGACUUCCGAGUUCUUUGUUGUGGAGGGGACGGCACUGUUGGCUGGGUCCUGGACAGUAUAGAUAAGAUGCAGUUUGCCCAGCCCCCUCCUGUGGCCAUCCUGCCCCUGGGGACAGGGAAUGACCUGGCCAGGUGUCUGAGAUGGGGAGGAGGAUAUGAAGGUGGCAGUCUGACAAAGUUUCUGCAUGAGAUUGAGCGCAGCAGUGUGGUGAUGAUGGACCGCUGGCACAUGGAUAUCACUAACCACUCGGAUGAGAAGGGAGACCCUGUACCAUGUAAUAUCAUCAACAACUACUUCUCCAUUGGCGUGGAUGCAUCUAUAGCACACCGAUUUCACCUGAUGAGAGAGAAGCAUCCUGAGAAGUUCAACAGUAGGAUGAAAAACAAGUUGUGGUAUUUUGAAUUUGGGACAACUGAAACACUAUCUGCGACUUGUAAGCACUUACAUGAAGACUUGGAGAUACAGUGUGAUGGAAUGUCAUUGGACGUGGGCAGUGGACGUUCCCUGGAGGGUGUGGCCAUCCUCAAUAUCCCGUCCAUUUAUGGCGGGUCCAACCUUUGGGGCGACAAUUCAUCGGCCAAGAAGAGGAGCAAACAUUUCCGCAAACAACUGAAAAAACGAGACAAGACACAAGACCACCUGUCCGUCAGCAGUGGUUCUGGUGACCUGCAGUUUGCAAUACAAGACAUUGGUGACAAGAUGCUGGAGGUUGUUGGACUGGAGGGAGCCAUGGAGAUGGGACAGAUCAAGGCUGGGCUGAGAAACGCCUGCAGGCGACUGGCACAGUGUUCAUCACUCACUCUAAGAACACACAAGAGACUUCCCAUGCAGAUUGAUGGUGAACCAUGGAUGCAGCCCCCCUGUGUGGUCACCAUCACUCACAAGAACCAAGUGCCAAUGCUGAUGGCGCCUCCAGCAUCCAGUAAGGCAUCCUUCCUCAACCUGUUCAAGAAGCGAUGACCCAAGCCAUGUGAGCCGUCUCCUGAUGACAUUCUACUGGCAACUACAUACACUGGGGCAGUGCACCACUGAUGCAAUAUGUCGACCACUCGUGUAUCCUCCUGUGUUUUUGUGCCGUCCUGUAACAGCAGAGUGUUUUAAUCUACCACACAACUGAUGUCAGUCACUCUCCAUGAUGCGGUAUUGGUCCCACUCCAUUUGUCAUGAAAAUCUUAUAUAAUUGAAUGUCGCUUGCUGGUAGCCAGGUUUUCCUUCUGUUUUCACCAUCCUUGCAAUGAAAUUUGGUCAGCUGUCCCAACAGGUAUGUUUCAAUUGAUGUUCCUUAUAACCUGAUUGCUUCUGCAAGGUUUCAUGUACUUUGCUGUUUUCUAGUUGACGGAUGGGAACUAAGAACGGCAA